AUGGACGAAUGUAUGCUGAACGAUUUGUUGGAAUGCUCGGUAUGUCUCGAGCGAUUAGACACAUCGAGCAAAGUACUUCCCUGUCAACACACCUUUUGCAAAAAAUGUUUGGAAGAGAUAGUUAGCACCCACCGUGAAUUACGGUGCCCCGAAUGUCGCAUUCUGGUCGAUGCCAAAGUGGACGAGCUGCCUCCCAAUGUGCUGCUGAUGCGAAUUUUGGAAGGAAUGCGCAACGCAGCUCCCAAAUCUACGAAAUCUGUAGCUAAAAGCAACACAGGCCCUCAGAGACUUUUCGGUGGCCACCAAGUUACCUCGACUCCUAUCGUAACUGCUAGUCCUACUCCCGCCGCGUUGACAAACGAGCCAGUUCGGCAUGGUAAUACAACAGCGAAACAAAUUCAACUACACAAUCAAACAUAUGGCCGAGCAAUCUACGAUUACGUGUCAAAAGUUCCAGGGGACUUGUCAUUUAAGAAAGGCGAUGUCGUUGUCCUUCGUAAGAAAAUUGAUAAUAAUUGGUGUUUCGGGGAAAGUGCCAAUAGUCAUGGAGUUUUUCCUUUAUCUUACGUUCAGGUAAUCACACCAUUAACACCGGAUGUUCCUCAGUGCAAGGCUUUGUACGAUUUUAGAAUGACUAACGACGACGAAGAUGGCUGUCUUACAUUUAACAAGGUAUGCAAAAACAUUUGUACAUUUGAUCAAUUCAACGUUACAUUUCCUGUCUCUGUUUCGCAACAACCACCAAACGGUGAAAUUAUCAAUGUUAUUAGAAGAGUCGAUGAAAAUUGGGCAGAAGGAAAGCUUUUGGAUAGAAUUGGUAUCUUUCCGUUGGCUUUUGUGGAACUGAAUAGCGUGGCAAGAGCUCUAAUGAAACUAUCAACAAACGCACAACCAGGUCCGUCGAGAGUGGCGCCUCCUACUCCCACUAACGAAGAAACUACACUCUUAAUACCAACUGAUCAUUCGCGUAAUUUACAGACAAAUCAGUUGCGACCUCAACUUGUACAGAAUACGAUUUUACCAGUCUCUGACUCCAUUUCAAACGUAUCGUCAGGAGGUAGUUCUUCAACUACUACUCCAAACACUCCUAAUAGCUCGACUACAUCUAGCGGUUCCAGUACCGCUCCAAGUAGUCCUAGCAGUCCAGCAACAUCUCCUCCUGCAGUUGGAAAUAGACACAGCGUUAAGCGUCACAGUUUCACCGCUGUUAAUACCGGCCAUCAGGCUCAUCCACAUCACAGACACAGUGCUGAAAUACUCGGUCCUCCGUUGGACAAUGCCAUUGGUAAUAGUAACAGUAACAGUAGCAGUAAUGAUUCAUUCUCUCCACUACAGGCAAAUACCAGCGUUGCAGAUCGCAAUCUUCGUCACAAGCGAAGCGGUAGCAGCGAUCUUGCCCUUGCCCCACAAUCGUCGCAAAGUUUAUCCGCUACAACUGGAAAUACUCAUUUACCAGCUGCAUACAUAGCUCUGUAUCCGUACAAACCUCAGAAAGCAGAUGAACUCGAGUUACGAAAGGGCGGCAUUUACAUGGUAACGGAACGAUGUCAAGACGGUUGGUUCAAAGGAACUUCCAAUCGUACACAAAAGUGCGGAGUCUUUCCAGGAAAUUAUGUCGCGCCUGCCAAAUGUCAACGCGGCCUGUGCCGAGGAUCGCCAAACACAGGACAACACCAAAAUUUUCCAUCUUCGACGGGUCAAAAUAGCAGCGACUCGCGAAUAACUACGACUUAUACCAAAAACAAAGGAUCCGCCCCUCAACCUUACAAUUCACGGACGUUGUUACCCCCAGAAUUGCCACCACGUGCAAUUAGUCCGUCUUUCAUGGUAUCAUCAUCUUGGCACGGUCAAAGUCAAACACAAAGUCAAGAAAAUAGCCCUCCCCGAUACAAGGAACAAAAUUCAGCAAAUCCUCUUGGACGCAGUCACAGCGCUACGAAAGAAACACGGCGUCAAAUUAUACGAGAUUGCUUUUGUCUGCCAGCUUCUCCUGGAAAACAGAUAACUCUACCACAAUCAUCAACGACUACGACUACAACUACCGGUGUCAACAACAGCAGUACCAUCGUUACCGGCGCGACUUCGUCCAUGACGAAUGAAAUCAACAAAACUCCAAAUGCUAUUUUACACGCUACGUCUUCUCCUUCUGCCGCGUCUGUUUCUACACCUAAAAACACCGAAAAGCAAAAGGAGAAAAAGGACAAAUGCGUUUCUUUGAUGCGUCGGUUAACGAAUAUUAAAAAAUCAAAAUCACCACCUCCUACGACAUACUCUAUGGAUAAUCCCGUGUUCGAAGAUAAUGGCAGUUCCAUCAAUCCGAUACAUGUUCGAUCGGGAUCUUGCCCAAGUCAGUUGCUACAGGUGGGAGCUACACAGGAAUUAAAUGCUUCAAACAACCACCAUCGUUUAUGUCCAGGCUCCGUGCAGGGACACGUCACAUCUUCGCAAAGACUUAAAUACAAGGAGAGACCAUCUUUACCGGUCUCGAUCCUCCAGAGAUCCAACGAAUCGGGUGCGACGGUAUGUACACCAAUGGCAAAUCACCAUCGCAAGAGUAACUCGUUAGACGCUGGCAUGGGAAAACAAGCGAAACAACAACCUACGCGCGAACGAGAGCGAGUGUACAGAUUUCGUUGUAUCGUGCCGUAUCCCCCCAACAGUGAAUUUGAACUGGAACUUCGAGUAGGAGAUAUCAUUUACGUACACAAAAAACGCGAUGACGGCUGGUACAAAGGCACUCAACAAAGAACCGGUCGUACGGGCCUUUUCCCAGCCAGUUUUGUCGAAGCUUUCUGA